AUGUGGUGCAUCUCGCCCUUUCAUGAGAAAAUACCGGAAUAUGAGAACAAUGAUUACAUCGGCGAAAACUUCAAACGAAAUAUUGAGACUGUAUCAAAAACACGCUUUAUUUUUAAUCCACUGAUCUGCCGAUGGAAAACACAACAACAAGUUACUAUAACAAUUGAGUCGGGUGAAGUUACCGUUAUAGGGCGUGAGAUGCAGAAUCAAUUAGUACGUAAUGAGUUUAAAGCAUUCAUUGGAUGGCUGCGAAAUUGUGGAGCAUUCUCAAUGAUUAUACGAUCAGAACCGAAAACAUUGAACAAAACGGCACGUUUAUCAGUUAUUGAACAAAGAAUAGCUAAUAUUACUGACAGCAAACUUACACAAGCUGAUUUGUGGUACAGAGUCCAUAGCCAGGAAGUAACACGCGAAACACGAAUGGAAAUUGUUGCAUGGACUGCUGUAUGCAAAUUUCACUGUAAAUUAGAGGGUGGCUUUGUUCGCGACUGGAUAUUGGCGGUUAUUCGUCAAAACCAACAGAUAUAG